AGCCGGUCGGGUGUGUCCAAGCGUCCGAUUUCAAUUUGUGUUUGGACGUGAACGAAGCUGCUUCGAUCGCUUCUUGUCUCGACUCAAUCUUUUCAACGUAAAGACUUGAACAGUUUUCCAAAACCGUCAACAUGGUGAGUAUAUUAUAAUUAUUACUAUCAUAAUACUAAUAGUAACGACUAAAAACAUUUUAAUAAUGAUAUGAUUAUCGAAUAUUUUAUAAUAUCAACGUGGUUUAAAUAAAAAAUUAUCCCCCGACCAUCCAGAAAUUCGACGGUUUUUUUUUUCUUACUCUAGUUUUUGCGUUAUAAUAAUAAUAUUACAUUCAUGACAGAAUCGACAAUUAUGAAGUUAUUUUUCCGCGUUUUUCCUACCGAAAUAGUUUUCACUCCUUGCUGGUCGAGUACUCUAUGUAGGUACCCACGCCUAAAUUAUUGUAUUUUCAUUUGAUUUUGGAAAAAUACCCAAUAGGUAGGUACAGUAUAAUCUUUGUCGCGAUUUUCCCAAGGUGCGUCCAUACUGCUAACGAGUGUUGUACAGCGAACACGUAACAAAUCGUUAUUGCACAAUGAGGAGGGGGGAGGUUGGGAGUUUGGAUGUAUAACCCCUUUGGAAUUUGAGAUAUUAUUUUUGUUUAUGAAUUCUACAUAAAACGUAUACGGGAUGAUCGACAUAACAUUAAUAUUUAAAUGUUACAUUUUAGAGCUGCUUAUUUCUUUGAUUUUUUUAUAAAUCUAAUUCCAAUAAAUAACGUCCGAGCGUCUUGCAUCACAUAUUUUUUUUACUGCUACAACAGACAUUUCCUUGUAGUUUUCAAUAAUUUUGAAUAUAUAUCUACGCAUCUUAGAUACAAUUGUGUCUUUUAACUUGUGUCGCGAUACUGUUCUGGAAAGUAUCGAGUAUCUUGUAUAAGGUACUGUAAUUAAAGUAUCUAGAUACUUAUUUUGAAGCAUUUUGUCCAUUGGUAUCCGGAAGGGGGAUGAAAAAACUUGUUAAUUUCCUCCCUUGUUUUUUCGAAAAAUACAUUACAAAUUUAAAGUGAUUAUAUGAAAACGGGGAGAAUUAUUGGGAAUAUACGAUCUUGUGUUGAAUAAUGAUAAAAUUUCGAAGUAAAAAUAUUGUUUGGACGCUACAUACGUAUUGUUAUGCGCAGCUGUCCUUUUCUUGCAUACGUACGACAUAGCAAAUUUGAGUUUCACCGAAUCGUUCGUGUGUUUUUGGUUAUAACGAUACGAGUGAUUUUACCUAUUACCUUACUACCUUAUUGUUGUAAUGGUAACAACAUUAUUAUCAAUGUGUGUGUAUUUGUUGUUUUUAGGAUUCUCUAAAGUUUUAAGCGAGAUGUAAGUAGCGUUUAGCACUGUUAUAUUUCAUACAAAAUAUAUACUCAUUCAGUCGCUGUAAUAUUAAUAAAACGAACAUAUCAAAAUUGAUUCUGUUGAAAGUACAUUUACCAUGUCGUGUGUAGGUAUUCGUAACACAGAAACAAUAAAAUAUGAGUAUGCCAGACAAAAAUAAAAUUGUUUUAACGAUUUAUAAGAAAAUGUUUACUUGUUAUCAGAAUACCAUUGUUGACAAAUAUUUAUUUUAUUUCAUAUAUUUGUCUUAUUUUUUAAAUAUGAUACCAAAAGGAAAAGAAACAUGGUCAUAGUAUGCAUACUUUGUAUUUUUAAAUUAAAGCUUACAUUGGUGACCAAAAUUCCUGGUCGGUUAUGGUUACCGAAUUACCGAAAAAGGAAAGGUUCAUUUUGGCUGAAAACGGUUCCUUCCCGAAAAAAAAAAAAAAAAAACCAAAAUCAAAUUUACUCUAAAUCUUCAUACAUAUAGAUACCUACCUACAUACUAUUAUAGAUACAAUCGCUGAAGGUUCGUACUAAAGUAAUCACUCUGUACAUACUGCCGGUACGUAGAUACUUUCGCGAACCGUUAUACUUCCAGAGUGUGGGUAUAAUAGGUACAAUGAACUUGACAUUAUGUGAAACUCGUUUCGAAAUGUUUCGCCGCACGAACAAUAAUAUUUCACUAUUUGUUUUUUUUUUUCUUAAUAUUAUAUAGGUACCUUGUUAUCUAUAACUGUGGAAAUAGAAUAUUUUUCUGUAAGUCACGUAUUAUUAUCAUUCCCUGUGCGUCUCGUGUAAUACAAAUAAUAUUAUAUUAACGACUGCGGUCAUUGUUGCCCGCUGCUAUUAUAUUUAUGCAUAAAAAUAAUACACGAACCUUUUACACUGUGGGUUUAGCCGCAUUAAUGCUGAUUAACAAUAUCAACAUGUCAACUGUGGUUCAGCUGCAUUCUGCCAAAAUAUUUGUCGGUAGAAAUUAGGUUCAACUGUUUCCCCUCCACAGUAUUAGCGUAAACGGGUGUCUAGAGGCCAACGCCCUCUUUGGAAUUUGUUUUUACAACUAUUAUAGAUGUGCCCACGUGUAGUAAAGAGUGUGAACCUAAAUUAUCUGCAAGACCAAUUAAGCAUUCGAGUUUAUAUUUUGUUUAAAGUUAAUGAAGUAGUUUUUGAAUUAACUAACAGCUUAUCAUUACAUUUUCAAAAUAACGAAAAGAAAAACUACUCAAUAUUUCAAUAUUAAUAAUGCCACUCUUAUGGAGCUAUACAAUCUCUUCGAAGUGAUAUGGUCAAUUUGAAAAAAAAUUGGGAUAAAACAGAAUAGCUUCCAACGAAUAUAUUUUACCGCUCAUAAUUUCAAGAAUCGGAACAGUAUUUUCAAUAUUAGUUAGUGCUGAAAACAGCAAAAAAAUUUGUAUUUGGAAAAAGACUUACUUAGCUGAUUUAACAAUAUUACAUUCACUAUUUAUAAAAAUGUUGUAUCUAUUCCAAUGAGUUCUGUUUCGAAUGAACGUUCAUCUUUUAUCGUCACUACCAGACUUUAUUGUAAUGUACAGUAGCAGUGCCUGAUUAUGACUUGGGAGCCCGGGGUAAACAAUGCUUAUUUUGAAGGCUCACGCUUUAUAAUAUAAUCAAUAGAUUAUAUUAGGUUCAAUUAGUCUUAAGGGCUGAAUACAACAUAUAUUUCUUAUAUUUUUCCGUUUUUUUUUUCGGUUUUUCAAAUUUGAUGAGCAAACUCCUGAGGAAAUCGAAAAAUAACUUCUCCACACCGAUUUUCUUUCUUGAAAAGGUGCUACACGUAAAAAUCGGAGAAAGUCCUCCGGUAGAAAAGUUGUCCUAAAAAAAAAAUUAUAAACAUCUUUGUAAAAUUAUAAGAAUUUUCGCUCCACUCAGAAUCUAAAAUAAUAACACGCGUGCCAGGUUAUAUAAUUCCUUUGUGUGCCUCUUAUACUCGUACAUCUGAUCUACUCAAAAGAGAGUAAAGAGUUACUACCCACUUCGGUAUUUCUUCGAGCACGUAAUAUUUAUUGGUUUUAGGUAGGUACCUGAAUAAUAUAUUACAACUAAACUAGAGUUAUAACUCUAUAGGUAUUAUUUAUGAUUUUCAAAUAAUUAUUAUGUUUAACGUGACUAAGCUGUUAUACGUAUUUAACAUAGUUUGACUUUUAUAAGUGCUACCGAAUAUGAAUCAGACGUUGGCUAUAAAUUAAAAUUCAAAACUAUAUAAUUUUAUAGUUAUACGUACUUGUUAUAGUAUUGUAUACCUAACCAAAAUUCGAUUAAAAAUGUCUUAAAGCCGGGAAAAUUAAAAAUAUCGCUCAGUUUAACCUUCAUUAAUAUAUUAUACGUAAUGAAUAUAGUUCAAACUGAAAAUUACUUAAAUAAUUAUUAUUAUGAUAGUAUUAACUGAAAUUUUAACAAUAAUUAUCACUUUUUACGGUCGUAUUAUAAUUAUUUUUCAUACACCACGGGUUUGUUAGUUAGGCUAAUGUGCUGAUGUAUUUAGAUGUAAUUAUUCAAAUUUAAAUAAUUAAAAUGCAGGUUAUAACUAUAUGAAGGUUAUGUAAAGACAUAAACAAUUUAAAUAAGUUAUUUUAAGCAACUAAUAUUAGUUUUAUGCAUUCGCUCUUAAAUAAUUCCCCCCAAAUGGUUUGGCGUCUGGAAUUUUGAAAUGUUGCACAAAACUUACUUAUACUAUGUAUAGGUGUGACCACUGAAGAGUGAUUUUUCAAUGUUUUAACUACGAUAUUUUUACAUUAAGAAUUUAUCAAAUAAAUAGUUGAACGUGUAUUGUUGUCUGUUUUUAAUCGAAAAUCAUUCUCUUAGGGGUGAAAAAAGGGUGUAACAACCGGAUGAUUUUUAUUUUUGUUGAUAUAAUUGCAAAACUGAAUAGAAUAGGUACCAAUAAUUAUUUAAAUUCGGAAAAAGUGUAAUUUCUGCUGAAAAUCAUAUCAGUUUGUUUUCAAGUUAGCUAUUAAAGAGAGGUCAGCUAUUUUUAUUCGGUAGUUACCUACUCAGUGGAUAAAAUUGUCAGACCAAACAGAAAUAUUUGAAAAUUUAACAAGAGAUAUAAGUAACAUUAUAAAUCAUACUUUGUGGUAAAAAAAAAAAUAAUAAAAGAUUAAAUGUAAUGUAGAAUUUUUUAUUUUAUAAGAAUUUUAAUAUCAAAUUUUGAUGAAAAUCAUAAAUAUUACGGCUUUUCAAAACAUGUGUAACCAAACUCCGUUCAGAAUCGUUUUUAUUAACAAUGAUUUAUUAUUGCGUACAGAUAUUCAUUAAAUUUUUCACUUUAUGCCCUACCUUCCCAACUUCUAACCUACAACAGUAGCCCACCCACCGUGCAAAGUGUGUCCGUCCUUUUUUAAAUUAUUGAAGUUAAAUAAAAUACAUUAUUACCAAUAGACACAUUUAUUAUUUUUUCAAUAAUUCAUAUAAUAUCCUCAUAUUUAUAAUUUUGAUUGCAAAUACCGUUAUCUUCCGUUUCUUGAUAAUUUGCCAUUUUGUCGUUGUAACUAUAGCUACAAAAAAAAGUGGAAAUAAAAAAUGAAUUUCUAAAUUUAAAAUAAUCACAGUCAUUACUAAUGCCUUAUAUUCACGUAAGGCAUUAGUAAAUCUUAAAAAAUAUUUACCCAUUAAUGUAAAACUAUAGCUGUCCCGCCCAUCGUUACCCAUGCCAAUUUGUUUAUUAUUUGUUAUACCCAUAUUACUUUUUGGUAUUGACCGUGUCAGUAUUGAAUGAAAACGAUUAAAAGGUGUAAAGCGGGUCUGUUGUGACAUUUUUUCAUGAUUUUCAUAUCGAAAAUAUCAAAUAAUUCGCUGCACUCAGAAUCUAAUACAGAAAUUUUACAGCAUUUAAAAAUUUGUAUUUUUUCCACCUAAUAUUGAAUUUCAGACCACUAUGUAUCGGGAAGUAUAUUUGCAUUAACGCAAUUAUGCAAACAUAUUUUUGUGGGAGAGGGGGACUGCAUAAACUUUCAUAAUUUGAAUUGCAUAUUAUAUUCAAUAUUUAAUUGAUCUGUAGGUAGGGGCUUAUCUGAGUUUCAAGGACUACUCUUUAAAGCCCCCAUUAUUGACGCCAAUACAAUAUAUUUGCCUUUCAUACACCCCGUAUAUAGAAAAGAAAUUAUUGUGAUAAUAAUUGUUUUCUUUUUUCGUGUUCUAUAGCGUGAAUGUAUCUCUGUACACGUUGGUCAAGCCGGAGUCCAAAUCGGUAAUGCCUGCUGGGAAUUGUACUGUCUGGAACAUGGCAUCGCCCCCGAUGGUCAAAUGCCGUCCGAUAAGACUAUCGGUGGUGGCGACGACAGUUUCAACACCUUUUUCAGUGAAACCGGAUCCGGCAAACACGUGCCCAGAGCCGUGUUCGUCGAUCUCGAACCGACUGUCGUCGGUAAGUAACGCGGGAUAGUACUCGUAUAAUUAUAAUAUAUUAAGUCAAGUAAAAAUACAGGCUUUUAGAAGGAUUUUUGAAAAUUACAUAAUUGAAUAAUUUAUAUUUUUUAAAACUAUUAUUCAUUUAUUUUUAUUUAUUUAUUUAUUUAGUUUAUUUAAAUUUUGAAAUAUAAUAUUUUUAAUGUUCCUUAUCAAUCUUGACCCAUUUGCUACUAAAUAACUUGUCAGUGACUAAAAAUAAUUAACACUACAUUCCGAAGUCACUAUAUGGGUUAAAUUGACUUAAAUUUUCUUACAAGGUGCAUUAGAGCUUAAGUCACUACAGUAAGUUACAUAACUUAAAAUGCACCUUGAAAUAUUUCGUUAAGGAAAAUAGAUUUAGAAUAUCCUACACGAGAAAAAAAGGAAUUUUCUUUACUUUAUUGGUGAAAACAACCUUUCUCAUAAUUUUUACACUAACAAAUUAUUAUCAUGUUGCGUUUACACAUUUUUAACUUUAAACGGAAAUUAUCGAAAUAUUAUAUUGUAUACAUAUUUUUUUCGAUUAUAUAGACGAGGUGAGAACCGGAACGUACCGUCAACUGUUCCAUCCCGAACAGUUGAUUACUGGCAAGGAAGACGCGGCCAACAAUUAUGCCCGCGGACACUACACGAUCGGUAAAGAGAUCGUGGACGUCGUGUUGGACAGGAUCAGAAAGUUGGCGGACCAGUGCACCGGUCUUCAGGGUUUCUUGAUCUUUCACUCGUUCGGUGGUGGUACCGGUUCCGGUUUCACGUCGCUGUUGAUGGAACGACUCAGCGUUGACUAUGGCAAGAAGAGCAAACUGGAAUUCGCCAUCUAUCCCGCACCGCAAGUGUCCACCGCUGUGGUCGAGCCGUACAACUCCAUCUUGACCACCCACACUACCCUGGAACACAGUGACUGCGCAUUCAUGGUUGACAACGAGGCCAUCUAUGACAUCUGCCGACGUAAUCUCGACAUCGAACGUCCAACUUAUACAAACUUGAACCGUCUCAUCGGCCAGAUCGUUUCGUCAAUCACGGCCUCGCUGCGUUUUGACGGUGCUCUCAAUGUCGAUUUAACCGAAUUCCAGACCAACUUGGUGCCGUACCCGCGUAUCCAUUUCCCGUUGGUCACCUACGCGCCGGUAAUUUCCGCUGAGAAGGCCUAUCACGAGCAACUGUCCGUAUCCGAAAUCACCAACGCAUGUUUCGAACCGGCCAACCAAAUGGUGAAAUGUGACCCUCGCCACGGUAAAUACAUGGCUUGUUGCAUGUUGUACCGCGGUGACGUCGUACCCAAGGACGUCAACGCGGCAAUCGCUUCCAUCAAGACCAAGAGGACUAUUCAGUUUGUCGACUGGUGUCCCACCGGUUUUAAGGUCGGCAUUAACUACCAACCGCCAACUGUUGUCCCGGGCGGUGACUUGGCCAAAGUGCAACGUGCCGUCUGCAUGUUGUCCAACACCACUGCCAUCGCCGAGGCUUGGGCUAGGUUGGACCACAAGUUCGACUUAAUGUAUGCCAAGCGUGCUUUCGUACAUUGGUACGUCGGUGAAGGUAUGGAGGAAGGAGAAUUCUCCGAGGCCCGCGAGGACCUGGCUGCUUUAGAAAAAGAUUAUGAAGAAGUAGGCAUGGACUCCGUUGAAGGAGAAGGCGAAGGAGGCGAGGAAUACUAAAUGACGUUCCAGAAAGAAAUCUAAACUUUAUUCAGUUGCUUCAUAAAUUAAAUUAUUCUCCACUACAUUUAUUUUUUUUUGUUUUAUAUAAAUGGAUAUUUUUAGAAUUUUUAUUUAAAAUAGACAAUUGCAAAUGAAAAUACUGGUUUUUUAAUUAGUAUCGUUAUUUAUUUCCUGUAUUAUCAUAAAUUCUGUCUUUUCCUAUAAUUGUAUAAUUAAUAUUAUAUGAUAUGUAUUUUUGACACGGGGUUUAUUUGCAAAACAAAAAAUCGGGUGAAGGAACAGCAAAAUGUCGGGGAACGCACUAGAUAAUGCGUAUAAAAUCAACCAAGAUCUAACAAAUGGUGGGAUCUUUC